AUGGGUGAGAAACUCAUCACCAAGGAAACCACGAAUGCCUCCUCACCGUUAACAUACCACACUUUCCAUGAUCCUGCUGAUGUUGUGCUGCUGCGCUCUUAGCUCCUCAACUGGUACGACAAGGAGAAGAGAGAGCUGCCAUGGAGGACUCUGGCUGUGACAGAGUCAGACCUCAACAUCAGGACAUAUGCAGUGUGGGUUUCAGAAAUCAUGCUGCAACAGACUCAAGUUGCCACGGUGAUAGACUAUUACAUCAAAUGGAUGAAGCGGUGGCCCACGGUGCAGGAUCUGGCAGCUGCUACUCUUGAGGCAGUAAACCAGAUGUGGGCGGGUCUUGGCUACUACUCCAGAGGAAAAAGACUGCAUGAAGGAGCUCAAAAGGUGGUGUCAGAGCUCAAGGGGCAGAUGCCUCGCACGGUUGACAGCCUGCUGAAACAGCUGCCUGGAGUGGGACGCUACACUGCUGCAGCUGUAGGCUCUAUUGCACUGGGACUGGUUCGGGUGCUGUGUCGCCUGAGAGCCAUCGGAGCUGACAGCACAGGUCCUGUGCAGAGUAUAGCCAAUACACUGGUGGACCCUGAGAGACCCGGGGACUUUAACCAAGCCAUGAUGGAGCUGGGAGCACGAGUCUGCACUCCCAAAGGACCACUCUGCAGCCAGUGUCCCGUACACUCACUCUGCCACUCUUUCCGCAAGGUUCACGUCAAACAAGAGAAAAACUCCAGGAAGCUUUUGGGGAAGGUGGACAAGAAGCCGUCCACCCUGCCUGAUAUAGAAGACUGUAUAAACAGUGGGACGUGUCUGCUGUGUCCCUCGGAGCCCUGGGACGAUGAGUUGGGUGUUCAGAACUUCCCCAGAAAGCCGGCAAAGAAGCCUCCUCGAGUGGAGCGAACUCUGACCUGUGUGGUGAUCAGACCUGGAGAGGAGGGAGAGGACGAGUACCUGCUCACACAGAGGCCUAACAAAGGUCCGUCCUCCUGGUGGGGGAUCUGUUUGUGGUGGUCCAGAGUCAGCUGCAAAAUGAAGUUGUCUCCUUCAGGUUUGCUGGCAAGCGGGACACUGGGAACCCAUCUGACUGAGAGCCUCUUCCAGUAUGUGGGAGAGGUGGUUCACAUCUUCUCCCACAUUCACCAGACAUACGUGGUUCACAGUGUGCGUUUGAAGGACACUGACGCACAAACACAGACUGAAAAUGCACAGUGGCUCACCAGGUCCGCUCUACAGGAAGCUGCUGUGUCCACAGGAGUGAAAAAGGUUUUUAUUUUGUUGUGA